GCACAUAUGUUCGACUUUCCCUGUGAAUGGCAAUAUUUUUACCUUUAACAUCAAAUUUAAUAAAUUGAAUUAAAACUUGUUAAAUAAUCCGCUAGAAUGGCUCAAAAAGUUAUAAAAUACUUCGGUCGUACCACUGACUUUCGCGGCAACACAUUGUGGGAGCUGGUAUCGAAUCAGCCCAACUGGGGAGUAGGUCGCCUGCUCAUACGUAACAUGUUCCAGCGCUAUCCCGAGCCCUGCUACAUGCGGAUUUUGAAGGUCCAAUCAGUGGACGAACAACCUGGAGAAGUCCGUAAAGUGCGGGUCACAGUAGAGAAGACCUGGCGCGGAGUAACCCAACCGAAGCCCGUGGAGAUCUACAGCACCAGCUACAAAGCGGAUUACGAACUGGUGCCCCAAGAUCAAGAGGCCAAGUACCUGAACAACAAAAAGAAAGUUGAAGAAGUGAUUCUGCCCACUAAGAUUGACCUUCCUCCACUGCUCCGCGAGCUGGUAUCGGAGGAAACGGGUAAUCCUAAUCCCCAAAUGAAGGUGCACUACAAAUUAACCCACAACAAACUAGCCAGAUUUGCCAAGGACGGCGAGAAACCCACUGUUAACUUUGGAGUUGAUCUUGGACAGCCAAAACCCGUUAGCGCCAAGCUUUACGAUGGAUUGUUAUAAGCCUGGGACUUUGUUAAAAUAUUAAAUACAUCUAUUAUACACUUAAACAUAAAA